AUGGCAUUUCAACCACCUAUAGUUUUGCAUCAUUAUGUUGGUUCGGCAUACUCGCAAAAAAUACUGUGGGCUUUAGCCAUAAAGAAAUUAGACUGGGUUUCUGUCGAAGUUCCUCCAAUUCUUCCAAGACCGUUGCUCCAGCCGUUAACACAUGGAUAUCGUCGCAUUCCGAUACUCCAAAUGGGAUCAGACAUCUUCGUUGAUACGGCGUUAAUACUACAGGAGCUAGAGAAGAGAUUUCCAGAACCAUCCUUGUUUCCAAAACGCAAAGGCUCGGACAAGGCUGACAGAGGACUAGCACAAGCCCUAAGUAUGUGGACUGAUCGUUACUUCUGGUCAGCCACGGUUGCUCUUAUGCCCUAUGGUGGCUCAAAUGAUCCUCCGGAUGCACCAAAAAUAUAUUCUCAAAAGGCACUACUGCAGGACCGCGCAGCUCUAAUGGGUAUCAAAUCCUUCGAUCUUGAACGAAUAGCUGCAGCGAGACCAGUGAUGCUUGACAAACUGCGUACUAAUUUCGAGUGGAUCGAACUGCAACUGUCGGAUGGUAGAGAAUGGAUCUUCGAUACUCCGUACCCGAGCAUUGCUGAUAUACACGUUGGCACCAAUAUCUGGUUUCUCAGAAAUACAAAGGGUGCGCCCGAAGUAGCGAGAAAAGAUUUGUAUCCAAAUAUUUAUGCAUGGUUUGCGCGAUUGCAUGCCUAUGCAAAGGCUAAUGGCAAGAAGCCUGUCAAAAUGACUGGAGAGCAAGCGCUUGAAAUUGCCAAGAAGCAUAAGCCGAUGUCUCACCCAGCAACCGAAGAUGCCAAUGACCCGAACGGAAGGAAAAUUGGAGAUCAUGUCAGAAUUAUACCGGACGACUACGGGAAAAUCCCAGUUCAAGGGAAGAUUGUCAGUUUGGGACCGCUUCAUAUAGCAAUUCGACCAGAUGGGGUAUCGGAAACUGGAAUCGAUGUGGUUAUUUGGUUCCCGAGAGUGGGAUAUCUAGUUAAUCCCGCAACGCCACUUGUUAAACUUUGA